UUUCACUACUAGGAAACUACCAUUCCCACCUGACACCCCUGUGAAGACUGGGUUCUAGCCGGUUCCCUAUUUCUUGUGACUUACAGGAAAUUGACUUUUAAGAGGGCAGAAGCAUCAGCCUUGAGCUUGAGGACUCGUUUCUCCUGUGGUCUCUUGGUAGAGUAUUCUAUAUUCUCCUCAAUCUUUGCACACAGAUAAGACUGUUCCAUCAGGUGGUACAGUCGAGCCUGACAGUGAUGCUGGCUCAGUGGCCUGCCUGGUGGCAGCAGGCAGCAAAGGUAGCAGCAGGUGCCUGGAAUGGGUUGCUGAGACAUAGGGGGUUUGCUGGACAAGAGCUGUGGGGUGCCACCUCACAGUUGACCUUUGCCACCCAUCGGUGUCAUUGCAGCAGAGGUUCUGCUGAGCCAGAAAAAGGCAGGCCAAAGAAUACUCAGCCUCUCAAAGAGUGGACUCUGGUUGUUAGCCCCUUUGGACUGCUCAAAGUACAGCUCCCUUGCCAUGUCACAGUGUGCCCCCUUGACCCGCAUGAGUACCCUGAUGCUGACAGGGUAUUUGUUACAGUGAGUGGGCAGAACACCAACCUUCAUCAUGGUGCAGACCUGGAUAAUGUGUAUGUGAAGUAUGACACGGAGCAAAGAGAGAUGACAGUGCUUUCAGAUGAUGUGGACAGAACAGCCUCUGUGGAUGUGAAGAUCCCAGUAAAAUUUGAUUUGGAGAUCAAGACAUCAGGGGAUGGCUGUGUGAAAAUUGAAAAAGUUGAAUGUGACAACUGCAGAAUAGAAACAGAGAAGGGAACUAGCAUCUUACAGUCAGUAAAGAGUAAGAAUAUUGACAUCCAAGCCAAAGGAGGCAAAGUGAUCAGCCUGGGAACUCUUCAGGGAAAUGCCAAUAUUCAUGUGUCACAAGAAAGUAGUGUGGAUAUUGAAAAGCUACAAGGAUGCUCUGUAAACAUUUCUACCAAAGAUGGUUCAUUAAAAACCAAAUAUCUUUAUGCAGAGUCUUCAUUUCUGUCCUCAGUAGCUGGUGAUAUUCUCUUGGGGAAUGUUCAUGGUGCUACUACUCUUCAAACUAAAACAGGAAAUAUCACAGUAGAUUCUUCAGAAGGAUUCCUGAAAGCUUCUACAGAUCAAGGGGAAAUUGAUGUUUAUACUAUUAGUCAGGAGGGGGAAGUAGACCUAAAGGCUCAAAAUGGCUCCAUUACUAUCAAGGUACCUGCCACACUUCAAGCUUAUCUGCACUUAUCUGGAAGCCAGAUUGAUGUGAGCCCCGAGGUCCAAUUACAGGAGACUCAGAAUGUCUCCAGAGGAGGCCAUGUAACAGUUACUGGUCAUCUGAAUCGAAGGCAGGAAAAAGAAAAAUAUAUUAAAGCAGAGACACAAAAUGGCAGAGUUGAUCUCAAAAGCCAAACCUGGUUCCAGUCUGUAAAGCUGAACGCUCCAUCUUAAAGGUUAUUGAUCUAUUUGAAUCACAGAACCAUAAAUAAAGAUCACAUUAACUGUAAAGAUUACAGUUAUGUUGGUGCUGCCUUGGAGUGAAUGUAUAGACUCUUAUCGAAUUUCUGUAUGUCAGAUGGCUGUUCUUAAUUUACCCUCUUUUGUGUUAAUGUUUCUGGGGUCUCCUUCCGUGACUCCAAACGAUAGCAUAUAUCAGGAAUUAUGAUAAAGAGUUUUUUCUAAUUUGUUCUUAACUAUUUCAAGUCACCUUUAAUUGACCUGUGUUAAAAUACAAAAUAUUAUUAGAAGUUUUCCUUUUUUACUUUUCCGCUAGCGUACAAUGUUGAGAAUUUCCCUUGGUUACAAACUGAAGAAGAAAGGGGAAGUUUUCAUAUAUAGCCCCAUGACAACAACUGAUCAUGUUAUGAACACUUACUUGUGUGAAUUAAUCUGAAGGCAAGAAUUUAGUUCUGUCUUACAGACAGUUGAUCUAUGGCUUUAACAUCAUUGCAUGGCUGAUUCCUUUGGAGAUUGUACCACUUCAGAUUAUAGGGGCAGAAAGACCCGAGUUCUUCCCUGCUUAAAAAUUUGCCACCUGAGGAAAUUAGUUGUCAAAGAGUGAGGUCUGAUCUAGAUUUUUUUCUUCCUCGUACAUUGUCUAAAUACAGAAAGUUUUUUACAAUGUGGAAAAUAGCUUUUUAGAAAAAGAUUAUUUGCCAGCAGUAUGAAGUAGUAGUGGCCUGCAAGACAAGCACUGAACCUGUAGCUAGGAGACAUAGAAUCAUAAAGUUGAAAUGAGCCACGGUAUAAUCAAGGCUAGUUUAUGCCUGACAGGAACUCCUCUGUCUUAGAAAUUCACCUAUAUAAUAUAGAUUACUUUUGGGAGCAGGAUGGCUUGGCAUACAAGCAGUUACCUCAUUGUAUCACCGAAGACCGUCACGGCUGGAAUCAGUUGGCUGUUGUGAGCUUUCUGGGCUGUGCAGCUGUGGUCUGGCAGUUUUUGCUCCUAAUGUUUCCCCCGCAUCUAUGGCUGGCAUCUUCAGAGGCACAUCCCAGUAAGUUGUGUUUCUGUGCCACAGACAGAAACACAUCUCACCCUGACAUGCCUUCACAGCCUCCACGGAAAAACGCACAACAGCCAAUUACCUCAUUGCAAGACAAACGUUAUUUAUGAAACACAUUUUGUCUCAUUCGAGACUGGUUCUUUGGAUGCAGGAGCACCAGGGGGGAUUCUGAACACACGACAUGAUAUGUUUUCAGAAUGAUAUAAUAAAAAUCUCAGGUUCAUUUUCUAACAAUUUUAUUGCAAUGAAAUACAGAUAAGCUUUUGCUAUAGGCAAAUGGUGUUCAGUGCUGGUAGACAAAAUAUAUUCUUUGUAAACAGGUCGUUCUUGUAGCAUCUACUGAAGGCAUCAAUUUUACUUCAUGCAAUUACAAUAGACUGUAAAAAUAAUAAUGAAUACAUUUCUAAAACUUCUUUAUAAUAUGUUGUAAUAAAACAAACAAAAAUAAUUGGUGGUUUUAGUCUUCAUUUUUUAGGUUCUUCAAGUUCUGAGCUAUCUGAUGUAAUGUUGAGACUUCUUUCACGUGCCAACUUUUUUUCUGUUUUCUUGGAGUGAAUACCUGACUAUCAUAACUAAACCACUGUGGGGGGUCGUCAUUAUUGUAUUCAUAUUUCUGGAGUCUUGAUGUAAACUUGGAAACUGCUUGCCUGAAAUAAAAACAAAAAGUAAGCCAA